CGCGGCGGGAGGGGAGGCGAUGGGAGGGAAGUGUCAGCACUGACACCUUAACCCUUGGUUAACCAGAGAGGGCCCGUUGGGGGCCGCUUGCGCGCACGGCUCCUCCCGUCGAUGGAUGCCUCGAAUGUCCGAGCAGAGCAGGGGCUGGCGUGCGGGGCCACCGGCUCCUCGGAGCGCAGCAGCAGCAGGUUCCUCCUGCUCGAGCGCGGCACGCAGUAACGAAGAAGAAGAUGGAAUUUGGCGAGGAAUAAUGUGCAGGCGAGCAGGGGAUUGGGGUGUGAAUGUGGAGAAGAGAAAUUCGUUGUUUUCAUAGGCUUAUCUCCCGCGCACGGCGGUGGCACAGGGGGUGGAAGGCUGGCUCGAGGACAGGAAAGUGGCGAAAAGACAGAAUUUCUUUUGGACGAAGAUGAUGGCGUCUACGCCGGAUGAGUCUUGCAGUCGGGGUUUAGAAAUGGAAGCGAUGGCGAGCGAGGACGAUGUCGUGCACCGAGCGGCCGGUCUCGUGAUGGACGCCAUGGCGAGCGAGGAUGAUGUAGGGAUUUGUGCCCAGCCGGAGUUCGUCAAGAAUCACGACAGGAUCAGGCUCGACCUCGGCAGCGCGAGAGAGCGUGGAGAUGCGGAGAUGGCGUCCACUCCCAACGAGUCUUGCAGCCAGGGUUUAGCCGUUGAUGGUAUGGCCAGUGAGGAUGAUGUGCACAGCCAGGGGUUAGGAAUGGAUCCCAUGGGCAGUGACGACGAUGUGGGUCUGGGACGCGAGCCCCAUGUCCUGGCCGAGCAGAAGCACAAGAAACCCAAGCUGGACCCAGAGGGUGGAAAAGUCAAGGACAGAGAGGAAUGGAGCGACGGAGCAAUUUCCAGCCUGCUCGAUGCGUAUGAAGAGAAAUACACGAAACUCGAUCGCGGACAUCUGAAAGGCAGAGACUGGGAAGAGGUUUCUUCCGUCGUGAAUGGAAGAUGCGGGGCUCAGAAGACAGCCAAGGGUGUCAUGAAUUGCAAGUACAAGAUGGACACACUCAAGAGACGCUACAAGGUCGAGAAGGAUAAAAAACGAUCCUCAGGCUCCAUGAAGAGCCGGUGGCCCUGGUACGCCCGAAUGGAGCAACUGGUAGAGCAAGGAGGCGACAAGAUGGUAGCUGCCGAGGGCUCGUCCGCGGAAGACGAGGACCAUCUUCAUCCAGGGACCAGCGACUUGCCCUCGGCGGAAGCGAAACCGAAGGUGUCGCAGUUACUAGGAUUUCCCUCUCCAGCGGUUAAGCGUCCCUACAGAAAGAGGGCAAUUGAAAGAGGCAUCAGUAGAGCUUUGAGCAGGAGCGUUAGAUAUGAACAUACGGUCGCUGGUAUUAAGCUGGAUCCACGUACUAUGACCCAAGGUGAAAGGGAGUCUUAUGAGCUGUUUGACUUGGGAGACUUUCCAUUGAACGAGGGUGCAACGCUUAGAGGAGCAAAGCUUGCUUAUAAAACCUGGGGCUCACUUAAUGAAGACUCUAGUAACGCCAUACUUUAUCCCACAUGGUAUUCUGGUAGGCACUGGGAGAAUGAUUGGUUGAUUGGACCUACGAUGACUUUGGACCCGUCAAAAUAUUUCAUUAUAGUUCCGAAUAUGUUUGGCAACGGUUUAUCAACAUCACCAAGCAAUUGUUCUCCUCCUUACAAUCAAGCCCGUUUUCCAAAGGUUACGGUUGAAGACAACGUCAGAGCUCAAUAUAAGUUGGUGGUGGAAAAGUUUGGAAUUAGAAGACUGAAAUUGGUAUUAGGAUGGGCGAUGGGUGCCGGACAAACUUUCCAAUGGGCAGUCAGCUAUCCUGAUAUGAUGGAGCGCAUCCUUCCUUUCUGUGGUUCUGCUCGAACUAGCCCUCACAGUGUUGUUAUGCUCGAAGGAGUCAAAGCAGCGUUGACGGCUGACAUUGGUUUCCAGGAUGGUUGGUACAAAGAAAUUCCAUCGAAAGGUUUGAGAGCUGCUGCAAGAGUUUAUGCAGGUUGGGGAUUCUCACAAGCAUUCUACUGGAAUGAGCUGUGGAGAGAUAUGGGCUACACCAGUCUCGAAGACUGCCUUAUUGGAUAUUGGGAAGGAUUUUUCCUGGACAGAAGAGACCCAAACAACUUGCUCACUAUGCUAUGGACUUGGGCAAAUGGUAACGUUGGCCUUACGCCAGGAUUUGACGGAAACUUGGAGAAGGCAUUGGCUUCAAUUAAAGCCAAGGCCAUUGUAAUCUCAGCAGAAAGGGACCUGUACUUUCCCCCACAAGAUGAGGCAUACGAAGUGAAGUUUAUACCGAAUGCAGAGUUCCGAGUGAUGCCUGGCUUAUGGGGCCAUUUCGCUGGGGCUGGUAUCAAUCCUAUAGACACGAAGUAUAUCGAUCAAGUUAUACGCGAGCUUUUAGCCACGUAGCUUGUACUUGUAUUGUAGUUUUCAUAUCAAUUUGGAUGAGUCCAACUGGAGUCUGUUAAGCUUAGGAAUUAAAAUCAAGUUCUCAUUCCGUCGUUCAGCAAGGGUGCGGUAUUGUUGCUCGCCACCCUUUUCUAAGUCAUCGUUCAGCAAGGGUGCGGUAUCGUUGCUCGCCACCCUUUUCUAAGUCACACCUUCUCCUCACCUCGUGUGGAGAGUCCUUGUACAUUUUCAAUCUAGUCAAGUUCUUAAAGUAGGGAGAGUACAUACGCUGUCGUAGUCUCCUUACUUCAAGAAGCUGGAGAAGGAGCAAUUUAAACUGUCUGAACUAGCGACAUUGGAGCCCUUCGAGCAUGACCAUGCCUUUUGUGUGGUUAGUGACUAUAAUUAGGAAUGAUAGCGUAUGGGCAGAUGUUGUUAGAAAGCUUCAGCAACUACCGUAGCGUCCCUUUUUGGGGAUAGUGUUUACUCUGUAAUAUUCGUAAUUACCAUUACUCUUGGAAUACAAAAUGCAUGCAUCGAC